AUGGAAAGCAUUUUUAGCAUCAAAGCACUGGAAGGUCUUCAGGAUAGUUACGAAAUUCAGGCUUUGAUAAAGAAAGCUCAUCAAGAGCAAGAGCGUUUAAACUUAAUCAAAUCUUUGAGUAUCACAUGUAAAACAGCUGCAGAAGAGGAAAAGCAAAAGGAGUUAGAUGAUGAACUGGAAGACUUGAUGAAUGAUGAUUUCAUUCUCGAGUUUCAGAAACAGAGAAUGAAAGAAAUGCUGAAACAAAACAGCAAUAUGCUAACAUUUGGUCAAGUUCAAUCAUUGCAAUCCCAAGAUGACUUUUUAAAUGCUAUUGAUAAUGAAAAUAAAAUGGUUACUAUAAUUAUUCAUAUUUAUGAAAAUAAUGUUAAGGCAUGCCAGACUAUGAAUAAAUGUUUAGACACUUUAGCAAUAGAAUACAACAAUAUAAAAUUUUGUAAAAUAAUAGGAUCUAUCGCGGGUUUGAGUAGAUCAUUUAAAAUUCAAGGUGUUCCUGCUAUUUUAGUUUAUAAAGAUGGUCAGCUUAUGGGAAAUUUUGUCAGAAUUUCUGAUGAUUUAGGUGAUGAGUUUCCUGCUUCAGAUGUUGAAAGCUUUUUAAUAGAGCAUGGCUUAAUUGCUGACAGAUUAUGUGUACCAAAAAUUAUUACAGGAGAAAAUAUUUAAUAUUAUAUGAAAUUCAAAGUAAUGU